CUAUGGUUUUUUUUCCUGUAGCAAUAUUUCAAAAGGGAGUGAGUGAAGUGAAGUGAAGUAGGGCAAUCCAAAAUUCGCCAUUUUUGCUUUUAGUGAAGGGAGAUUUUUUAUUUGUCAGGCUGGAGGACAAGGAAUAUUCAGUAAAAAGUGUGUCAUUAGAUUUAAUUUCUCGUAGCAAAGACUUUAUUUGAACAGAAUCUUAGUAUAAUAGUGUGGUUUUAUUUAUUACUAACGUUUGUAUGUAGUGCUACUUCCCCAUCGUAAAAUUUGCUCGUUGGUGUGUCGCUUUAGCUAAUUCAAUGGCUAUGAUAUCGAAGUUUUAAUCCAUCGUGUCGCUUAGACGUUCUCCUCACGGGAUAAUAUCGAGAAAGCGAGGCGACGCCUUUAGAAAUGAGCAGGCCUCAAGGCGGACGCAUUCAAGUCCCGGAUGACCUUAGAGAGAUCUUAUUGGAGUUCACCAUAAGUUAUCUGCUGGAGCAACCGGGCGACGUGAUCAACUACGCGGUCGAGUUCUUCACAAGAUUACAAAACAACAGGACGACCACCGUAGUGAGGGCCCCCACCGUUACUGCCGGCACCCCUGAUGAGUCCAUAAUAUCAGACGAAGAAGAGCCGCCAGUGGCGCGCUUCAACACUCGACGCAAGUCAGUGUUCGCUGAGACUUACGACCCCGAAGAAGAUGACUCGGACGAGGGCGCAACGACUGUGUUCCCCAAGUCGGACGCGCAACGCCAGCGUCUCGCCGAGGCAGUGCGCAGCAUCCUGCUGUUCCGCUCCCUCGACGCUCAGCAAAUGCAACAGGUGCUGGACGCCAUGUUCGAGAAACGCACGGAGCCAGGAGAGUACCUGAUCAGGCAGGGCGACGACGGAGACAACUUCUAUGUCAUCGAGAAUGGCAUGUUCGACGUGCUCGUCACCGGAGAUGAUCGCAUCGAGAAGGUGGUGCACACAUACGAAGGCAGCGGUUCGUUUGGCGAGCUGGCCCUGAUGUACAACAUGCCCCGCGCGGCCUCGGUGCGCGCGCAGACUCCGGGCCAGCUGUGGGCCAUGGACCGCCAUACCUUCCGCCGCAUCUUGCUCAAGAGCGCCUUCAAGAAGCGCAAGCUGUACGAAGAUCUCCUGGAGAAGGUGCCCAUGCUCAAGGCAUUGCAGGCGUACGAGCGCGCCAACCUCGCGGAUGCCCUGCUGCCGCGCACGCUGAUCGACGGCGAGCUGAUCAUCCGCCAGGGAGACACCGCCGACGGCAUGUACUUCGUCGAGGACGGCGCCGUUAGCAUCCGCAUCACCCGCGAUGACGGCAACGAGCAUGAGAUCAAGCGUCUUGAGGCUGGUGGCUACUUCGGAGAGCUGGCUCUGGUCACACACAAGCCGCGCGCUGCUUCUGCUUACGCUGUUGGCCCUACCAGGGUGGCAUUCCUUGACGUGGAGACGUUCGAGCGGCUGCUGGGGCCGUGCAUGGAGAUCAUGAAGCGCAACAUCGACGACUACGAGGAGCAGCUCGUCAAGCUGUUCGGCGACAAGAGCAACCUCACCGACGUGCGAUGAACGACCCGCGCACGCACUCCGCGCCGCCACUUGUUUCCCUUCCACGCACCGUAAUCUACUCCUCUAUUCGUUCUCAUCGCUUCACCGAGGUUAUGCUGACUCCCCCCUUCAAACUUUUAUCUCUAAACGUAUUUUAACAUGACAAUGAUAUAAUUUUCUUUCAAAACUUUAAAGGAAUAUUUUUAAUUGAUUGAUUGGUACACAGCAUAACCUCAUUAAAUCAAGUCUGUUUGUGCUCAUAAAGCCGACGGCGACGCUUAAUAAAUAGCUUAAAUGUAACAUAAUUGUGCUUAACCAACUAAAAUGUUGUAGCGUACAAGUACCUACACAGGUUUAUUUAAUAAUAUCAUUUUGAAGUAGUGCCAUGUUGUUUAUUAUAUUUGAACGUAAUUGUAUUAGAUAAUAUAUGGAUUACGCGUUGAAUGGAAGGUGAAACGAUGACUACAUAACGAGCGCUCAAUAAUAUUGCAUUGAUACAAAAAUACGCUUAUUUUAGAUAGAGAAAUGCCUUAGUAGCUAAGUAUAUAUAAGGAUCACACCGAGGAGGUGGCGGCGAGCCGAGCGCGUAGAAAACAAAAUGUUGACACCAGCCCUAGUGCCAUACGUGGCCGGUACCUACCCACAUACAUACCGCCGCGCAGACAUACAGUCGUUGUUUCAAACUUCUCACACAUUCUGAGUGCAAUAUAUUUAAAAUAUUUGGUUGCGACCGCGACCCAACGAAAGCGUGUCAUAAGUUGUUUUGUUUUCUACGGAUGUCGUCACCUAACACGAACAAGUCAACAUCUGACGAUAACAAUAAAAGAAUUUAUGACUCGAGGGUAAAAGGCAUUAGUGUUAAACUUUAACAUAAAUAUGUUAACGUAGUGAGUGAUUACAAUGCAAUACUAUUCGGCACUCGGCCACGUCUUAUCUUGGGAUAUUCUCAAUCGCUAUCGCCAUUUCUAUUAACUUAAGAUAUUUCCACUGACACAGGCUUUUCUGAAUGAUAACAAAACUAUAUACCUAGUAGGUAAAUUAUAUACUUAGUUGUAUUUUUUAUUUUUGUGAUUAGAUUAAAUCUAUCACUGUCUAUCUUUAUUUAUUGUUUAGCUCGGUUAAUGGUUUUUCGUCGAUAUAUGUAUAUGGAGAUUUUAAUGCAAAGAUCAAUUUAUUAUAUGCCAAAUUAUAAAUAAUAGAUUAUGUAUAUGUCGUUACGGAACAUCAAGCGAAUUUAAAAUGUGUCUCAGACACGUUGUUGUAUCAGGAAAAGUCUGUAAACAUCGGUAGUUCGCGAGCGGGAAAUUGCACAUCCUAAUGCAAUACAUAUACAAACAUAAAGAUAUGUAUAAUUUUAUUUAGUUUGACAGAGUAUUUUUAUUACGAUUGUUUCAUAGUAAUUUUGUUAAGCAAAAGGAAUUGUUUAUGUUAUCUUUUAGUUAAUUUAAAUCUUCUUUUCUGUUGUAGAGAGUUCCUAUUGUUUUGUUUGCUCUUUAACAUUUUUACAUUAUAAUAGAUCUGAGGUGUUUAUCUUUGUAAUACUUUUUAUAGCGAACACUAAGCUCCAAUGAACAAAUAGUAGAAGCCCAUCGUUGUUGUUUUAAUGUCCCUGUCAGAGAUCGGUGUAUAAAUUGUAACGAUUCGAUCAGCGGACACACGUUAGGUAGAGGCCUGCCGGCGCACUCGUCUGACCCUCAGGUACAAGUUUCCAGUAUUAUUUGAAUUAGAAACAUCCUACCACCUUAUUUGUGAAUCCAACCAAAGUAGGUGAGUGCGUAAAUAUCACGUGUAGCGCUAAAUAUUUAAGUAUAUAUUUACUAUGUAGUAGUUAGUUUUCGUCAUUUCUUAUUGUAAUUUAAAUAUUAGUAGAUUAGGAAAUUUUAAUGGAAUAUAGUCAAAUCCUGAGGGGUGAGGUGUAUCGUUUUUGACGCCAUGUACAAAAGUGUACAAAUUGAUUUCAGAUGCCAUAGAUUUUAUUUAAUUGAAUGAAUAUAAUACGUUACUUAUUUUAUCGUGGAAUAUAAAUGUACUGCUUUCUAAUUUCACUGGUUAACUAAGUGCAGACAUGUUCUGUGUGGGCACAUUCGUACAUGUCGGCCUUCGCUUCGCUGCUUGUUGUAACUCCAUAGCAUUCGUUAUCUAACUACUGGUUUGUUUACUUGUUUGGUUCACCUAGCUAAUACAUUCCCACUUCUGGUUGACAUAGUAUUUAUUUAUUUUUGUGGAGAGAAUAUUAUUGUCCGCCCAUAGAUUUUCUUGAAAUUAAAUUUUUUACUCAAAGUGCCUACUUCCUACUACAUUGACCUGUAAAUCAUUUCGUAUUACACUCUCACUAACAAUUAUAAUAUUAAUCUCGUGUUUUAACUUAACUGCCUUUUUCUAUGUGAAAUUGUGAAAUGUGUUGUGAGAUAUGUGUAUUUAGUGCAUCAGAUGUUAAACAGUCAUUCAGUACACCGACUUAACAUUGAGACCAGUCUGCUACGAGGACUGCGAUAUCACGAACAUUAAAAUAUUUGACGUUCACAGCGCAUCAGUAACUUGUGCAGCUUGAAAAUGACGAACGAUAAAUAUUUUGACUUGCAAAACAAACCUAGUUUUUUCAAAUAACUAUACUGAUUCCACUGUUUAUCCUUGAGCACUGGUUAAUUUGAUGAGUGUGAUGUUCGGUUGGUUUCCUAUAUCGAUAUCGUGUACAUGGUUGGUAUUGCUGUGUAUAACGUUGUGUUUGUUACAUUGUACAGGUGAGGUGCGUCACGUGUCGUCACCACAUAAUAUGUCUGUGUGUCCCCGUAUAAUGAACCCAGUAGUUUAUAUUAUCGUGCAAUAAUAACUAAUAACUGUCAUUUAUCUAUGUCGUUUACAUCAAUAUCAUGUGUUAAAUUUUGUCUGUGUGAAAUUUAUUUAUAUAGAAUUUAAUAAAAUAGAAUAAGAUACAUGUAUCGCUCUUAAUACUGAUGUUUAAGAAUAUUCACAAUCGAUUCAGUAGGAAACGCUAAUCAAAUUACACUUGUAUAUUCAGUUUUUUAUUGAAAAAUAAUCGUCACGCAAGUUUAACGUUACAUAGAAGCACAAAUGUGUAGAAUGCGUGAUUCGAUGGGAGGUUUUCAUUCUGUUGUCUUCCAUGGGACGCACAGAGCCGUAACUCAAAGAUCCCAACGCAUCAUUUGGAGCGCUAUUAUAUGCAUUCUCUGCCAUUACUGAUGUAAAAUUAAAAUUCAAUACGCUUAACCGUAGCGUAAUUUUUUAUAAAUUAUACUAGUCAUUGGUGUCUAAUGUAGAUUUGUAACCCGACAGCACGUUGAAAUGGAACAUACUCCAUGUCUCACUCACUGUAGCUGUAAGUCGUCAUACCUGUUCCAUACAAAGUGAAAGCAUAUCAGCGUCCUAUUCUAUGCACCACAUGUGUACAUCCGGUAGCCAGUUGAGAACUAGUACCGCUUUUCCCACGUCAUGAGCUUACCCUGUACAUUUAUAAAAAUUAUGUAUCGUAAAAUGUUAGAAAACUGAAUUAUAUUUGUUUGUAGAUCUAA